CCUCGGCUAACAGUCGUGCUAACACGAGCUAAUAAACCUUACCGUUGGCGUACCGUCAAAUGUUAGCCCGUGACAGCUGCGUGCGUCCGGCCGCGCUAGCUAGCUGUGUGGUCGUGGGUUAGCCUAGCUGAGGUAGCCCGGCGAUGAGAAGGCGAAAUAAGGGACUGGAAACCUGAGCGACCGCACCAGCUAUCAUCAAGCUAAAGUGCCAGGUACACACACUGUCGUAGUUCAUUAGCAUCGGUGCAGCAAGUAUCCAUGAUGCUCCUACUUAGCACAUCUCCUGCUGCUCUGGGAAAAUGCUCCAUUACAAGUAAAAGUACUGUGUCAGAAGUAAAAGUACUCCAAGCAAACAAAAGUCUCCUGGGACUUGUGCAUUUUAAUGGCCUUUUUUAUUAUUACAUGUCCAUUAAAGCAGCAUUUUACUGUUGCAAUUGAUUCAGGUUGGGAGUUAUACCCAGUUAGUUUAUGUGUAAUUACAACUAAUGGUUAUGCACGGGAUGGAUUAUCUACUAGAUUCAUUAUCUGGUUCGUGAAAGGUUAUUUAAAAAUGUCAUCCAGGCAUUUGUAAUUUAUAUUUAUUUGUUUUUAUUUUGUUAAUAUUGUCUGACAGAAGAUUCAAAUCUUUCUGUUUUUGUAUGUACUGUUGGUUAGUUUUAUCUGAGUAGAACUAUAAAGUGGCAUUGAAAGAAAAUACUCAAGUAAAGUGAAAGUACCUGAUUUGUACUAAAUAAUUAAAGUACAAAAUUAGUUUAUUUUUACAAAUGUUCCUGUAUUUGUAUAUACUGUUGGGUAUAUGUAUCGGUAGUCAAGCUUCAUAGUUAGUCUUUAUCUGGUUUUAAUGCAAAAGUAAAGUAGCUAGAUAAAUGUCGUGGAGUAAAGAUAAAGAAAAUACUCAAGUAAAGUAAAAGUAUCUUAAUUUUUUACUAAAUAAUCAAAGUGCUAAAUUAGUUGUUUAUCAAAAACAUAUAGAAUACAAAAAUAAUGUUUUGUGGAUAUUGUAUCUAUUACCAGACAUGCAAAAUUAAAAUUUUCCUUUCUACAUCCCCUAUCGUCCGUUAAAAGUCUUCAGCAUGUGCAUGAGUAUUAUGAAAUAAACUGCUUUUAACUAUAUUUCAAAUACUAUUCAAUCUUUUCCACCUCAAGCAACAUAAACUAAGCUCUGCAACACAAGGCUAUCAUCUGAGCUUAAUUUAGAAAACUGUAUUACAUGUUACUACAACAAAUUUCUCCGUUACACUAUCCAUUUCUGUUCACUGACACCAGCCAUGACUUUCUCCAAGCAGUGCAGCCAGCAUUCACUGAGCACAACAGCCUCUGGUUUUCUAUUGGCCAGUUUCUGACAGGGAGGGCCUUCCCGGAGGCCGGCACCCAGGCAGGAAGGGGGGGUGGCUGGAAAGGUUUCAGCCACAGUUGGACAGACUGUUUUUCCCUGUUGUGAAGAGAAGAUCUUUGCUAACUGAAUCCUCGGGACAGAUAGGAGGAUACAGGCUGUUCUUGCUGUCAACGUCUUCCCAGACGAGCUUCCUUAAAGGUGUAGCUCUGUCGUCGAUCCUCGGUGUGGAACAGAACUUCUUUAGUGCUGCAUUUCGUGGGAGAGAUCACCAAUAGAAAGUGCCUUUGAGAAGAUAUCCCCAACUUGAAGUUGAUCUGUGUACAUUGGUCUGUGUCUAUGCUGUUUUAAAGACCAGACUCAAGCACCAGCACAGGAUUUCUCAGCUGCAAGCACUUCACCAUCACUUUGCACAUUUUGAGAACCUGAUAUUAGCUACAAUAGAGCCGUAAUUGUGAAUUAUGACCUCAGAAUGACUAAAGGGUCGAGUCUACAUUAAAUUUCACUCACUUGACUGAUAUUUAUGGGCAAUAUACACUUGGAGUUGAUGUAAAAAUAAAUAAAACACAACUACCAUUAUUCCCAUUGAUGGGUGAUUUCUUAGCCAUCUCAUCUUUCUGUUCCAGCUGAUGGAGGACUCACCAGGUUGUCUUAAAACAGGACUUUGUUCAUACGGUCAACCUACAGCUUUCAGUGCAUGAGGCGCACAACAACAAGAUUGACUUUUAAAAUUGAAUGCACUAGUAAAAUCUUUGGACAUGGCGUUGAACCUCUCUUCAGCAAGAGACACAAAAUGGCUAACUCUGGAGGUGUGUCGGCAGUUUCAGCGGGGCAACUGUACUCGUAGGGAUGACGAAUGCAAAUUUGCUCACCCGCCGAAGAGCUGCCAAGUUGAAAAUGGUCGAAUUAUCGCCUGCUUUGACUCGUUGAAGGGCCGAUGCUCAAGAGAAAACUGCAAGUACCUUCAUCCACCUUCGCACUUAAAAACCCAGUUAGAGAUAAAUGGGCGCAACAAUUUAAUCCAACAGAAGACGGCAGCAGCUGUAAUCGCCCAACAGAUGCAGCUUGUGAUGCCUGGACCUAGUCUGCAGCCUAUGGGACUUGGCACAAAUACCGGUCUUGGUUAUGGUUCAUACAUGACACCAAUGAGCCAUGGAAUGAGCCUGGUUCCCUCAGACAUCCUCCAAAACACCUCAGUUCUUCUUCCCGGGAGUCAACCUAUGACAGUCCACAGUUCCUCUUCUUCCUCCUCUUCCUCUCCCUCACAGAAGCUGCAGCGUUCAGACAAACUAGAGGUCUGUCGCGAGUUUCAGCGGGGGAACUGUGCGAGAGGGGAGACAGAUUGCCGCUUUGCUCACCCCAGCGACAGUCCCAUGAUUGACACCACUGACAACACUGUCACUGUUUGCAUGGACUAUAUCAAGAGCCGCUGCUCCAGGGAGAAGUGCAAGUAUUUUCACCCGCCUGCACACUUGCAGGCCAAAAUCAAGUCCAGUCAACAACAACAAGUCGGUCAGUCAGCCAUCGCAGCCCAGGCCGCAGCUGCAGCAGCCGCGACUCAGUCGACUGCCAAAGCAAUGAAGCGACCCCUCGAGGCAACUGUAGACCUGGCCUUUCCCCACAGUGUCCUGCAAUCCCUACCAAAGAGACAAGCCCUAGAGAAGAGCGGCUGGGUCAGCUCUCUCCUUAGCCCCAGUUUUUUGCACUACCAUCAGGCUCUGGCCAAUGCGCAGAUGCAGCAACAAACAGCAUUUUACGCCCCAGGGUCUGUCUUUUGCAUGACUCCACAUAACAGCAUGGAUCAUCCUCAAGUAACCACCAGAAACAGGAGUCAGUGCCAUGUUGCUGCUGUUAAAGGUUCCAAACAGCCGAUCUGUAAAUACUCUGUGAACGCCACACACCACACACAACAAGCUGCAUGCUGAUAAACAUCACUGAUGGAAAACUUGUAGACUCAACUUAAAUCUAUGGUAAUAAAUGACGUAAGGAUUACUAGGAUUAUACUCUGCUAGAUAAAUGUCACAGAAGAUUAUUGUAUGUGCAUGCCUUUGCACCUGAAUUAACAUGCAUCCUCAGUAAUGUGCAGAACAUCCUGGUUCCUAUUUCCCAAACCAUUUCUGACCUGGUCAGAGGGCGUUCAGCCUCUUAAUGAGCUGAAAUCCACCGUGUCUCAAAUUCUCUUAUCACAGCCUCAUGAAUACAAAUUAGCUUUUCUUGACAAAGUCAAACAGGAAAAAGAUGGAAACCAGACCAAAAUUUAUUUCACUCACAAGUGUAAAUUACACUAAGAGUGUACGAGUUGAGCAUUGCACAUCCAAUCUGAGAUCAGUUCUCAGUGUGUCCACAGAACAUGUUAAUGCCAGGUGUAAUGGGGACCUAUAUUGGAGCUUGUUUAAAUUCUAUCAACAUAUAUUUCUGUUAUUUGAAUGUCUCAUAUAACCUAAGUUUUUUCACAUAAAUGAUUGUUUAUCUAGUGCCAGAUUUUAUUAUUCUAAGCUUACUCAUAAAAAGCACUUAUUUUAACUUUAAACUCAAAUGUACAAAUUUCAUUGGACGGCAGGCUAUUGGGGUAGUCGGUCUGUGUUUUUUCCCUAGUUAUCCCCAGAAAGCAGGAUCAGUGCUCCACCUCCUGGUGUGCCUUUGCAUUGCAUAUACUGUACAUACCAUUUGUUGGUAGGAAGUAAAGCAGCAGUAAUUAAAACUGUUAAUUUCUCCCACCUUUGUUAUCCCUCAAAAAAGAAAAACCUUUGUGGGUUAUUGGGCAACAUGAUGGUCGACUCAUUGAUGUGCCCGAGUGGUGGUUUUCUCCUCUGGGGCAGGUCUCACAAAGAUAGUCUUUGACUCUGUCUUAAUUAGGUCAAACUUAUAACUUAUAUACUCAGACUUCAGAUUGAUCUUUGAUUCUUUCUUGUACAAAACUGUUUAGUUGUUUGCUGUAGGAAGUUAAACUAAUUGGGCAAAUUAAGAUCUUUCAUGAGGUUCCUGUGUUGUUCUGUUCAGCUUGAAAAUCUUUUGUUUUGUGAAAGACUUUCUCAGUUACGGGACAUUUUAGCGGGAAUGUUCAGUGAAGACUGUGACACUCAAUGUACAAAGACACGUAUAAUAGCAUAACAUGUCAAUGCAGCGAGCAGAGAUGAGUUACUAUGGCUCCUUAACAGACUCAGAACCUCUGGUAACUUAUCACUCGGGUUUAGAAAAUCUUCCAUGAGCAAAACCCUUCUUAUUAAUCCACAACAUUAUAAGAAAACCUCAACCCUCACCCUAACCCUAACCCCCCUUAGUCCUGACAAAGAUUUCAGUGUAAUAAAGCUCAUGUGGGCUAGGACCUUGUAUGUGCGUGACACAAAAUAGAACUCAUGGGCGUCAUGCUACAACCCAGUCUGAAAGAUCUUUGUGAAACCAGCCCCUGGCUUGAAGACGAGCCUCCACAGCCAUUAUAGUUGACUCAGUAACGGGGUGUGUGAGUACUGUGUGACUCCUGUGAUCCUAUAAUGUUCGAGUUGAAUGGUGUGUGAGCUGUUAGUCUUAAUACGACAGUCAGCUGUCAGUACUGUAUUAUUUGAAAUUUACAAGUGCCUAAUGAAUUCUGCAUGCAACUACAUCAAAGCAUAUUUAAAAAGGGUUUGUGUGGAAAAACUGUUCAAAUAAAUCUACUCAACGUAACUCACAGUUAGGAAGAAAUAUUUAGUGAUGCCAUGUCAGUGCAUUAGUAUGUUGUGUGUGCACCUGUUUAGAUUUGGUCCUUCAAAUCAUUUUCACUUUUGUGAGAUUCACUCCAAUGUGUUUGUACUGUAUGUACAACGUAUACGAAUGGAUAUUCAGCUUACCUUUUAUUUUGUUUCACAUUUAAGAUGAUAAAGUACUGUUGAACUAGUUAAAUGCACACAGUAAAAUACUUUAUGUAGUAAAGUAGAAUUUAAGUGAAUAGACAUUUUGUCGACGCGUAGUUUCUGUAUGAGUGGAACCACAAUAUGCAAUUGGCUGUCUUUGUUUAAAACUCAGAGCAAACAGAGGUGGCGUCGUGUCUAGCUAAGCGAAAAAACAAAACUGAUAUUAAAAAUAGUUUUCACUCAUAUAUGUAUGUUCUCUUGAACAUCUUUUAUAUAAGUUUUAGUUCCCUCUUUUGCCGUGUGUGAAAAUAUCAACCUUUAUUUUAAUGCUAUCCGACGUCUUUUCAAGUUUAAAUGUGUGUGUACACGUGUGAUUAACUCAGACAAUCCACCAAGAGAAACUGCAUUUGUUGACACUUUCAUUAUGUAUUUUCAUUGUGAAAAUGUACACAUUAUUGGAUAUGAAUAUAUGGAGUAUACUUGCAUACAGUAUUUUACUAGUUUAAUCUUAGCUAAGAACACAUUUAAAAUGUAUUCACUUCUAUUUUACGAUGAAUGUAAUUUAUUAAAGUGACGUUAGCUCUGCCGCAGGUUCCUCAAAGGGCCAUGAUCUGUUGUUUUAGCCUUUGAAAAGUGGUCUCUGUUGAGGGAUGAUAUGUUGGAGCAAAGAGUAGCUUCAGACGUUUCAUCCUUUUCACUGCCUUGUCAACUGUGAGGGAAAACAAACCUUUGUACGAUCGAGGCAAUGGAAUAGUUUUAUGUAUAACAGUUUAUCGUUCGUACCACAUUUGACAAACUUGUUCUCUGUUUGUUGACUCCUCACAAUAACACAUUAGAUUGUACUGUCAGUUAAGCCAUGGUGAAACACUGUAAGUGAGCCAGUGCAUAAAGAAAUAAUCAGAAUUUAUUUGUUUGACAUAGUUUCCUCUGUAUGUGAACAUCCUAAAGAAAAUAUCCACCGCAGAUUGAACUACAUUGUAUUAAACUUUUUUCUAUAUACAUAUAUAUAUAUAUAUAUAUAUAUAUGAUUACUUUCAAAUUUCGGUUGUCAUUAGACAGAUUAGUUUCCAUAAUUUAUUAUAUAAAAGGCAUAUUUCUGAAUGUUUGUUUCAUGUUUUGGCAACAAGCUUGAAUGUCACUAUACGCCUGCAUAUGGAGGUUGUUAUGAUAUUUUGAUCACCUAGUCUAAAUUAAAUGGACAGUAAGAAUGUUUGGUCUGACUGACUGACAGAAACAUUUGUCUUAAGCACUUUGUCGACAGUCAGACGACUGAGAAGACAUGCUUUUGUGAACUUUGCCUUAUCUUAGAACCUAUUCCUAAGUUUGCAUUUGUUCAGUAAUAGUGAGUUCAAUAUUGUUGAGUAACUUAAACCAAUUUGUGAAAUUGUCGCUACGUGUUUUUUUUUGUUUUUUAUUUAAGGCCACAAUGAAAGAUUCUAAAAACAAACGUUAACACUAGCCUGAAGCUUGAUAUUAUAAGACUACAUUUCUUUGAGGUUAUUUUCAAAUUUAACAGAUUUAUGCUGAAGCCAAUGCUAUUGGAUUCCGUUCUGAACUUCACUCUUUUUUUAUGCUUUUUUAAAAUUAUUGUGAAAAUAAUUUUACUUGUGCAUAAUAAAGCAUUUCAUGUGGAUAGUUUGGUUCAUGUAAAUUCAAAAUUGUGUAAAAUCUAAUAUUGCAAACAAAUAAAUAAAUGUCAUGUACAUUCAA